AUGAUGGCAACUUCUCCGAUUGAAUCCCACAUCAAGGUUGCAGAUAACAGUACUCGAAUCUCUUUCACUUUCACUGGCAACGAAAUGAUUGUCCAUUGCAAUGCCACUGCGGAUGUUUCAGAGACCACGAAGUUGCUUCAGGCUGCCAAAAAGCAGUACAUGACCAUGAAUGAGGGCAAAAAAGCUGCCAUCGUUCGGUGCAAUGGUUCCGAUCGGUACCUGGUUACCGGUGUUCAGCACGCACUCACCUUGGAUGAAAAUGGCUUCAUGGUCAUUUCCUCCUCUGAUGACGCUCCCUCUCCUCUCACCACGAUUACUGCCGAUAUGAAGAAGUCAAGCCGGAUUGGCAAGAUCGCGAAGAUUCACAUUCGCCGCCCUCGUAACCAGUUCAUCAUUUACCGUCAGUGGAUGUCUGCCCGGAUGCAUGCGAAGCAUCCCGACAUGACUGCUUCCGCAAUCUCUCAGGUUGUGUCACGUAUGUGGCAUGAGGAGAAACCUGAAAUCAAGGCACAUUUCAAGGCACUCGCUGAUGAAGAAGAACGGCUGCAUAAGCUGAGAUAUCCUGCCUACCGUUUCGAGGCCGCUCGGCGCCAUCAUAUGCAGCACUUCUUAGCAAGUCGCCAUUCGAUUCACAAUCCGGUUACAAUGGCUGCCAAGCUGAUUAUAUCUAGUCUGUGA